AACAACUCAGGCCAUCGCCAUUUUGUCAGAAGGUUUUUUUGCGGAUUAUUUUCAAAUGUUCUCCCUUCCCGCCGGAAUAAUGCAAUCACUGGAUAUACCAUUGACAUUUGUGUUGAAAACAAUGCGUCGAAUGGAUCGAAUUUAGACAAUUAUGAAGCAAAUUAUGUAGCAUAGUUUAAAUAUAUUUAGGGAGAGGCGCACUUGGUCUACCGGGCCGGUUCACUGCGCAGGUUUGGGACGCGCGCCAUUUUGUGAAAAUUGACAUAAAAAUUAUUGUCCAAAAUAAGCGUAUAUUUUAGGGCAUGAUAUUUGUUUCAUAUUUUGGGGGAUUUAGAAUAUUAUUCGUUAUGAUUGCCUACGUCCGUGUUUCCCGUGGUGAGCUUGCAAGAAAACGGAACAAUCUGAAUGUAGCAACCUUUUAUUUAGCUAUUGAAUUCCUAGCUACAGAAUCUUGUUAGCUAACCUUAGCUAGUCAACAGCAGUAGCCACGUUCGUUUUGUCAACUAGCUAGCUAGCAUAAGAGCUAGCUGGCGCUAGUCAUCAGCUGAUGCUAGUCGAAGUUGGGUGGAUAACUAAUUUUGUUGGUUGGGAACGCAUUUGAUCGUCAAGAAGUUUUACUUGGCUGGCCAGUGGGGGAUACUGUUCACCUUCGUUACGGGAAUUGAGUUGACUGACUGCUACCGUUAACUUAGCCGACGAUUGAGGGCGGAGAAGCUCAAACUGGAUAAAUUGCCCUAUCAUACAGGUUAUUUGACUUUAAAUGAAGAUCGUGCCAUCAGAGUGGGUUGUGGUUUGCUGCUGGACUCUCCUCCCAGGAUGAUAUGAAAUUUUACAGGAGACGAUGCAUCCAGGAGGAGAGACUUCAGCAUGCAAACCUUCGUCCGUCCGGCUUGCGCCCUCUUUUUCUUUCCACGCUGCUGGUCUUCAGAUGGCUGCUCCAAUGCCCCAUACGCACCAGCAGUACAGUGACCGCCACCAGCCAAGCACUGACCAAACUGCUGCGGUCCUACCGUACAGCGACCAGGCGCAACAGCUCACUGCCAAUCCGAGGCACAUGCCCCAGUGCUUUCGUGACCCUACUUUGGCUCCCCUGCGGAAGCUCUCCAUAGACCUUAUCAAAACCUAUAAACAGAUCAAUGAGGUGUAUUAUGCAAAAAAGAAGCGGCGGCACCAAACGGGUCAGGGUGAAGACUCCAGUCACAAGAAAGAGAGGAAGGUCUUCAAUGAUGGCUACGACGAUGACAACUACGAUUACAUUGUCAAGAAUGGGGAAAAGUGGAUGGACCGCUAUGAGAUUGACUCCUUGAUCGGCAAAGGGUCAUUUGGACAGGUUGUAAAAGCGUAUGACCGUGCAGAGCAGGAGUGGGUUGCCAUCAAGAUCAUCAAGAACAAAAAAGCUUUUCUCAAUCAAGCCCAGAUUGAAGUGCGUCUCCUGGAGCUCAUGAACAAACAUGACACUGAGAUGAAAUACUACAUAGUUCACCUGAAACGUCACUUCAUGUUCCGCAACCACCUCUGCCUGGUGUUUGAGAUGCUCUCGUACAACCUAUAUGAUCUGCUGCGGAACACCAACUUCCGUGGCGUCUCUCUCAACCUGACCAGGAAGUUUGCCCAGCAGCUUUGCACUGCGCUACUGUUCCUGGCCACGCCUGAGCUAAGCAUCAUCCACUGUGACCUGAAGCCUGAGAACAUCCUGCUGUGCAACCCCAAAAGGAGCGCCAUCAAGAUAGUGGACUUUGGCAGCUCCUGCCAACUGGGACAGAGGAUAUACCAGUACAUCCAGAGUCGUUUUUACCGCUCCCCAGAGGUGCUGCUGGGCAUGCCCUAUGACCUGGCCAUCGACAUGUGGUCACUGGGCUGCAUCCUGGUAGAAAUGCACACCGGAGAGCCCCUCUUCAGUGGCGCCAAUGAGGUGGACCAGAUGAAUAAGAUAGUUGAAGUUCUAGGUAUCCCCCCCAAUCAUAUUAUGGACCUAGCCCCAAAAGCCAGGAAGUUCUUUGAGAAACUAUCAGAUGGCACAUGGAGCGUUAAGAAGACCAAAGAUGGCAAAAGGUAUAAACCUCCAGCCUCUCGAAAGCUCCACUCCAUCCUGGGUGUGGAGGCCGGGGGUCCAGGUGGCCGGCGGGCGGGGGAGUCUGGCCACGCUGUCGCUGACUACUUGAAGUUCAAGGACCUGAUCCUGCGGAUGUUGGACUACGACCCCAAGAGCCGCAUACAGCCCUACUACGCCCUACAGCACAGCUUCUUCAAGAAGACUGCAGACGAGGGGACCAACACGAGCAGCAGUGUGUCUACCAGCCCAGCGCUGGAGCAGUCCCAGUCCUCUGGAACCACCUCCAGCACCUCCUCCAGCUCCGGAGGAUCAUCUGGGACAAGUACCAGUGGAAGAGCAAGGUCUGACCCCACCCAUCACCACCUACACAGUGGAGGGCACUUUGGGGCAGUGCUGCCAGCCAUCGAUGGUGACACCCUCUGUCCACAGGCAAGAAAGACUUACCCUCCCCCAUUGGUGAGGGGAGGCGGUGUUGGACCAGAGCCAGUGGCCGGAGAGACCCACCCAGUCCAGGAGACCACCUUCCAUGUCCCUCCUCAGCACCCCAAGGCCCUGCACCCCCACUCCCACCCCCAUCAUCACCACGCGCAGGUGAUGGCCACAAGGCCCCGGCCACGGCAUUACACCUCUCCCACACACAGCGCCUCCACACAGGACUCCAUGGAGGUGGUGCAUGGCCAUCUGUCCAUGACCUCCCUGUCUUCCUCUGCCUCCUCUUCCUCCACAUCUUCCUCUUCCACUGGGAACCAUGGCAACCAGGCCUACCAGCUCCGCCACCUGCCCUUUGGGCAUCACGGCGGGCUGAGCAUGGGGUUGGGCGCCUUCUCGAACCCCCGGCAGGAGACAGGCAUGGCCGCCCACCCUGCGUACCCCAUGGGCACAAACACUGGGCCGGCUCACUACCUACCAGAGGGCCACCUGGGCAUGAGGCAGGGCAUGGACCGGGAGGAGUCUCCCAUGACUGGAGUGUGUGUGCAGCAAAGUUCCAUGGCCAGCUCGUGACUGCACUAACAUUUGGCUAUGUGUUCCCCCUGUGCGUCAUUUUUAAGGUGGUGUUUUUUACUACAGAUGUGUCGAACUAAAGCUGCUCACGUCAGAAGGGAGAUAUCACUGAACCGCUACUACAGAGAAGAUCCUUUGUUAAAAGAAUGUGGUUUCCGUUUUUCCUUUGCAAUCAUUACACAUAGUAAUGUUGCAAAAUAACCAUAGUAAAAUUGAGACAUCCAUCUGCCAUUUCACAAAAUUCAUGUAACAAAUAACCACCGUCUGGUAUUACGUGGCAAAAUCUUCUGGUGAGCAUUGGGGAUACAGUUGGAAGCAGUUUUACAGGUAGCUGUCAGUAAUGAAUUGCUAACACCUCUUAUUUAAAACUGUGGAAUUUCUGACAUUUUUGUUCCACAGUUGUUGAUUGUUUUACCCUUUUUUUUAAAGUGAAUUGUCACAAAAGAGCUGCUUUUAAAACAUGUAGCUUGACCUGAGGAAAGUGUUUGCAGUGAUAUUUCGUGUUGUCUGGUAUUGUGUAACUCUGUGAGAGGGGAGCACAUAGCAGUGGAGUUCCUACAGCGUGCGCUGGCCCAGACAGUGGAGGAAUUACCCUGCAGGUGGAAGCUGUUGAGUGGGGAGGUUCUGAGGGGAGCGCUGCCCCCAUUAAGUCCAGGGGCCCGGUGAGCUGGGUCCGGCCUGGCACAGACGAGAGAUUGGCUCUGGAGAAGAAAAGGAUCCGGCGACGCGCAGGGAAGACUGGUUCAGUCAGUGGCUGGUUCUCAGAUAACCCUUUGGCCUUACGACUCAUGGACUUGGAAUGGGACGGAGCUGGACAUUAUCAUUUGAAUUAACAUGGCUUUCCUCUAUUUUUUUCUCUCUAGACAGCCCUUAAUUCUUUAAGGAGAAUAAACAUAAUAGAAAAGGGUCAUUAAGAAUCAUUUCUGAGGCCUUUCUCUACAAAGAUUUCUUAUUAAUGGGGCCCCACAUUACAGGGUCUUCUUGUACACACCAAUCUCCUAAACAUUACUUCAUCAAAUCUUGUUCACAGAUUAAGGAUUUCACAGUGGAAAGAACUAUCUUUUCCCUUUGCUUACCCCCCCAAAUCUGCAUGUAGUUCCUCAUCUGAACGCCUGCACAAAUUCUCCAUCUUAAACGGAAACUGAAAAGAAAAACGAGUUAAGUGACUGCCUUUUUUCCUCCUCAAAUUAUGCUGUGAAUUUUACAAUAAUUUAUUUUCCCUUUGGAUAUUUUUUAUACCAAAGCAGUUGUUUUUAAAGCAUAUUAGGUGUCUGUAACCAAUAAUGUAGCAGUUCACCACUUUUGACUCCGUUUAUCAAGAUCUUAUUUUAACAUCAAUACAAAACAGCAGCAAUAUAUUGCUCUAGCAAAACUGGAACCGGUUGUUGAACUUAGCUACCAUAUAUUUUAACAGUUAAGGUUGCAAUGUUUUACCAAACCUGUUUCCAUAUUCUUUAGUUGACUUUAAUUUGUGGAGUCUCUUUUAACCUUCGUAUGUUUAGUGACAUUGGUAGUUACUCUGCAGGCUCCAGAGUAGCAGAAUUAAAAGCUCAUGGUUCAAUGGAGACAACUGCAUUCUAUUUCUGCAUUUUCCCCCACGUAUACUAUUUUUAAGGGUUUCGCUGCCUUUCAUACAUAAUUUGGUUGACAUGCUAGCUACUGCCAUAACUCAAGACUAUUUUAGUUUCAUUACCCUGGCAGUGUCUAGACAAUUGUUUCAAAAUUAUUUGGCAGAGCACCUUGUGAGCCUGGUCCUAUUCAAAUGGAAAGCGUGCCAGCAGCCCUCUUGCUAAUGUCCUGAGGAUGAUGCUCAACUUAGGCAGACAUGCAUGUCCAUAGAACUCUACAUUAAAUAAAAUACAUGUUUCAUUCAGUUUAUUUUAUAUCAGGGAUUUAGAAGUUUUUUUUUUUUUUUUUGUCAUCUCUGGAAAAAUAACAAGACCUAAACAAAGUCCUGCUCAUAACAGCCUUAGUUAAACACACACAGACCGCAGGACACCAUUCUAUUGUCAUCGUAAUUCAGGGGAGAGACCAUCACAAGGACAAAUCAUGUUUGGUAUAACCACAAAUGCAAAGCUACCUGUAAUGAUAUUUUGAUUUUAUCUAAAUGUUAAAAUUAUAAUCACAAUCAUUUUUCAUACCCCUUAUGAUUUUUGAGAUUCAGAAAUUGACAGUGGUUUUGCUGGCACUCAUACUGGUACUAAACAUUCCAAUAUAAAGGUUAAAAAAAAAAGAUUUAAAAAUAAUAAUAAUAAACUUGAGUGACUCUUAAGUGUGAGCCUGUUUCAGAUCAUGCUGAAUGACCUUUGAUCUAGAGCAGUUGUCAUGACAUGCAGCCCCUUUUUAAUAGUUGAAAUAGAAUUGAUGUAUAUAUUUAUAUUUUUUAAUAAAGGAAGUAUAGAACUCACUACCUUGCUCCUGCUGGUAUGAUGAUUGUUUGUCAAUUUGGUGACCAUUCAGUGGCAAGAUCUCAGUUUUCUUAGUCAGUGGUGUAUCAUGGUCUCUGGUCAGAGGUACUUGACUACAUCAGGACAACACUAUGAGGUAGGGUUUGAAUCAAACAGGGAAAGCUAUAUCUUCAAACCUUAAUUUUCACAGGGUAUAUUGUAAGUGCAUGUACAUCCACAAACCUUACAUUUUGGUUGUAUGAGAAGCACAUGGUGGAAAAAAAGUGGUUCCAUUUUCAAUAAGGCUGUUAUGUUUGGGUUUCACACAUUUGAGUACUUGUUGACAUAUCCCUCACCCUACAGAAGCGCAAGUCCUCAGAUUUCAUUUGAAUAUCUUUUCCUUCAUUUUUUUUUCAUCAAAAUGUUUGUACAUGCAACAUGCACUAUAAAACUGAACAGCAUGGGGAAAAGGAUAAGUCCAUGUAUCCACAGAUUGUAAGAUCUAGUCAAGACUUUGCUGUGUAUAUGACAAUGCCCUUUGUAUUAUAUUAAGACAGUCUUAUGUAUGAUAUAUAAAAAGAAGUUAAUUGAA